AUGGCGCUGCGACGGGCGCUCCUCAGAUCGGUCGAGAUCUCCCCCGACCGCAAGGCUGCAAUUGAGUACUUCCAUUCUUUAUCAAGGGCACAGCCUGCUCGUUCUCUCAAUGGUGCUGGCAGAUCAUUUAGCACCCAGGCUGCCACUACGUCAAGCACACCACAGCCUCCACCUCCCCCACCCCCUCCAGAGAAGACUCACUUCGGUGGCCUCAAAGAUGAGGAUCGCAUUUUCACCAACCUCUAUGGUCUGCAUGACCCUUUUCUGAAAGGUGCGAUGAAGAGAGGUGAUUGGUAUAGGACCAAGGAUUUGGUGAUUAAGGGGGCAGACUGGAUAGUUAAUGAAAUGAAGAAAUCAGGCCUUCGGGGUCGUGGAGGUGCAGGUUUUCCCUCUGGUCUCAAAUGGUCCUUUAUGCCCAAGGUUUCAGAUGGACGCCCUUCUUAUCUUGUUGUUAAUGCUGAUGAGAGUGAGCCUGGAACUUGCAAAGAUAGAGAAAUCAUGCGCCAUGACCCCCACAAGCUUCUGGAAGGAUGCCUUAUUGCUGGAGUUGGAAUGAGGGCAUCAGCUGCUUACAUCUACAUUAGAGGUGAAUACGUGAAUGAGCGUCUCAACCUUGAGAAAGCUCGGCAGGAAGCAUAUGCAGCUGGACUUCUUGGUAAGAAUGCUUGUGGAUCUGGCUAUGAUUUUGAUGUGCAUAUUCAUUUUGGUGCUGGUGCGUAUAUCUGUGGUGAAGAGACUGCCCUACUAGAGAGCCUUGAAGGGAAGCAGGGCAAACCUAGGCUAAAGCCACCUUUCCCAGCCAAUGCUGGGCUUUAUGGCUGCCCCACAACUGUGACUAAUGUUGAAACUGUGGCUGUAUCCCCAACAAUUCUUAGGCGUGGUCCAGAAUGGUUUGCAAGCUUUGGGCGCAAGAACAACUCUGGAACCAAACUCUUCUGUAUCUCAGGGCAUGUGAACAAACCUUGCACCGUGGAAGAGGAAAUGAGCAUACCUCUGAAGGAGUUGCUCGAGAGGCACUGUGGAGGUGUGAGAGGAGGAUGGGACAACCUGCUUGCAGUAAUUCCUGGUGGUUCAUCUGUUCCCCUUUUACCAAAGCACAUAUGUGAUGAUGUUUUGAUGGACUAUGAUGCACUGAAGGCUGUGACGUCUGGAUUGGGUACUGCAGCUGUUAUUGUGAUGGACAAAUCUACGGAUGUUGUUGACGCGAUUGCUAGACUGUCCUACUUCUACAAGCAUGAGAGUUGUGGGCAGUGCACACCUUGCCGAGAGGGCACACCCUGGCUCUGGAUGAUCAUGGAGAGGCUCAAGGUUGGUAAUGCAAAGCUAGAAGAAAUUGACAUGCUUCAGGAGGUCACGAAGCAAAUCGAAGGUCAUACUAUCUGUGCCCUUGGGGAUGCUGCGGCAUGGCCUGUGCAGGGACUUAUCAGGCACUUCAGGCCAGAGUUGGAGAGGAGGAUCCGCGAGCGAGCUGAAAGGGAGCUGUUGGCGGCUUCUGCAUAA